CUCACCCCCACUACCCCCAGGCGGAGUACGACGCCAUGUUGCUGGAGUAUGCGGGGGAGGGGAUCCCCGCUCUGGCCACGGCCGCAGGGGGCGACGCCUUCGCCCCGUAUUUUGCCGGCUUCCUGCCCCUGUUGCUCAACAAAAUGAAGCCCAGCUGCUCGGUGGCUGAGCGCUCCUUUGCCGUGGGGACGCUGGCGGAGACACUGGGGGGGCUGGGCCGGGCCACGACCCCAUUUGUGCCCCGGCUCCUUCCCCACUUCCUGGCGGCCGCCCGGGACUCCGACCCCGAAGUGCGGAGCAACGGCGUCUUUGCACUGGGGGUGCUCGCCGAGCACGGCGGGGAGGCCCUGCUCCCACACUACCCUAAGAUCCUGGGCCUGCUGGCGGGGGGCAGCGCCCAGGAGUCGAGCGCCCGCGUCCGGGACAACAUCUGUGGGGCCGUUGCCCGCAUGGUCCUGAGCCAGCCCCAGGCCCUGCCCCUCAGCCAGGUGAGGGGGCAUGAUGGGGGCUUUCGCCGGGAGGCGGGGAAUGGGGCGUGGAUGGGGGCUGACUUUGGGGCUGGGGAUGGGGGGGGUUCUCCGGCGGGUGACAGGAUGAGGGUAUCGGGGUCUCACCGCUGUCCCGUCCCCCCCCAGGUGCUGCAGCAGGUGGGGGAGGUGGUGCGGGCCAGUAGCACUGUCCUGGGAACCGACCAUCUCCCGGCAGAUGCCCAGGUCUCCCUUCUCUCCCUGCUGCGGCAUCUCUCCGCCUGCUGCCCCACGGAGUUCCAGGCGGCCCUGCUGGCCCUGCCCCCCGACGCCAGCGCCCAGAUCAGUGGGGCCCUCGGCUCAGCGUGAGGGACAUGGCCCUUCCUUGGUCACGUGACCCCGGCGAGUACAGUCAAGCCCCCUCUGCCUGUUCUCCCCCCAGAUGGCCAGCUCUGGGCCCCCCAGAUUGUUCUCAUCAUUGGGGAGGCCCUUCAGGGCAUAUGAUUGAACUGUCUGCCUGUAUCCAGCGCCAUCGUGGGGAGGACUCUGUGGUCUUGUCUGCUCUGCCUGUCUUCUCACUCGCCAUCACUGUGAAGAAGGGAUCCGAGUACUGUUUGGUCACCAGUUGCCUGUAACUUUCACCCACUGCCCACGUGGAGGGGUAGCUCCUAUCAUUCACCAGGGCUGCCUGUAGUUCGAUUUCCUCCACCAACGUAAGAGCAAAUUAGAGAUGUGGUAUGAAUGGAUUCUGCCUGUACCCGUCACCAGUGGGAGGAGGACUUCAGUUACAGUGUUUGAUCCUCCUCCUGCCUCUAUGCAGUACUGGUGUGGGAAGAAACCAAGUCACGUUGUGAUCUGCUUCUGUCGGUGGUUAACACCAUCGUCAUGGUGUUGAACAGGAUCCUCCCAUGUAUUUCAGCUUGGAUUUGAGGGGCAGUCUCACCUGCAAUUGUUGCUGCCCUAAAAAGGGGAGUAUUAGUCUCAUUGUUAUCCAGUUGCCUGUAGUUUUUGGAUCCUGUUGUUUGCCUGUAUUUAUUCUCCCUCUACUGCUGGGAGGUGCAUCACUAACCAGUUCACCUGUAGUUUUUUCACCUAGCACACUCAUGGGAUGACCAUGUUCAGCUGCUUCACUGUUGCCAAGAGGGAGGAUUUUGUCUGGCUGUUCAACCACCUUGCCUGUUCUUUCACCCACUACGGCUGCAGAGAGUCUGAAUCCUGUAGUUACCCUGGUUCACCUGUUGGUUUGUCACCCCCAGCCAAAAGAAGAGGGGUUUUCUUUGCUCAGUUUGCCUGUAGCUUUUCAGUAAUCAGCAUCUCACAUGGGAGUCUGUCUUGUUACUCAUCCUAUGGAGGAGUUGACUUCCAAGUGUGAACCAGUGUGCCUGUUUCAUCCCUCCUCCACUGCAGGGUGAGCCUCGGUUGCAUUGUCAUCUAGGCCGCCUGUAUUUCUUCACCCGCUAUCUACUGCAGGGUUUCAGCCUUGGCAUUAAUAUGUUGGACUGUAUCUUCCAAUGGCAGGGGGAGAAUUGACUCACAGGGUGAGUGGUCCAGCUGUCUUCACCUAUCACCACGAGGGUGGUUUUGUCUCAGUGCCAGUCUGCUCUGCCUGUAUGUUUUCACCUUGAGAGAAGCGGUUUCCAUCCUGUUUCUUAAUCAGUUUACCUGUGAUUUUACUUUUCACCUGCCACCGCCUGGGUGUAUUUGUCUGGUUGUUCACUUGGCUGACGUUCUCCCCCUGCCAGAGCAGCCAACAUUCUUAGUGCUGGUGGUGUUCUGGGGUGGUUCUAGGUCUGAGCAAUACCCCCCGUUCCUGUAUUUAACACCUCUUUGACGGUUUGUUUUUUUGGAUGAGAAAAUCUAUAUUCUAUACCUUGGAAUAAAAUAACGUUUGCCUGAGA